AUGCCCGAAUUCAAAGCCGCCUGCUGGGAUCUCGGCCACUGCGAUCCCAAGCGCUGCUCUGGCAAGCGCCUGCUCAAGCUGGGGCUUAUGCGCGAUCUCCACGUCGGCCAACGCUACAAUGGUGUCGUCAUCACCCCCAACGGCAAGAAGACCCUGUCUCCAGCCGACGCCGAGCUGCUCGUGCAAUUUGGUGUGGCCGUCGUCGAGUGCUCCUGGGCGCGCAUGCAAGAGAUCCAGUGGAACAAGGUCGGCGGCAAGUGCGAGAGGCUGCUGCCCUACCUGGUUGCGGCGAAUACAGUCAACUACGGGAAGCCGUGGAGGCUGAACUGCGCCGAGGCGCUGGCCGCCGCCAUGUGGAUUUGUGGGAAGCCCGAGUGGGCGCGGGAGGUUAUGGAACCGUUUGCCUACGGCGAGGCUUUUAUCGAAAUCAACGAAACCCUCCUAAAUAAAUACGCCGAAUGCGAGGACGAGGAAGGCAUCAAGAAGGCGCAGGAGGAAUGGAUGGCGCGACUAGAGAAGGAAUACGCGGAUAGCAGAGAAGACGAUAAGGAUAUGUGGACGAGCGGGAAUGUUAAUCGGAGAAUUAUGCCACGUUCUGACGAGGAAGACGAUGAUGACGACGACGACGAAGAUGGCGACCGCGACGGAGACGAAUCAGACGCUGCCAGCCACGAAGAGGACGAGAUAGACGGCAUAUACCUUGGCAAGAAGCCCGAGCCGACCAAAAGCCAGCCCCACACGAAGAGGAGGAACGGGAUCGCGUCCAAGGCCUUUACCGGCACAAACUCCGCCGACGACAAACGGAAGCCCGAAACCAUCUCUCGGCCGCAAGAGGAGCCACUACCUAAACCAAACCGCGGCGCGAACCCCAAGUCGAAUCCGGAUCCGGGUCCGACUCCGACGCUGGCGGGGACGACGACGAUGAUGGCGAUGAUGAGAUCGCGCGGCCGCGAGCAGGACGAUAUCGCUGACGGCGACGGGGAGCGCAAAUACUACUAG